GCCAACGUACCAGUAGACAUAUUAUCAAAACAUUCACUCACCAACCAAAACCAGAACCAGAACCAAAGCAACACUCACAAUGAAGGUUGCUAUCGUAGGCGCUACCGGCGAGACCAACCAGUCCAUCAUUGCGGCCCUGCUUCAGCGCCCAGAGGACUUCGAAAUCACCGCCUAUGUUCGGCCGGCCUCAAUCAAUAAGCCAGAGGUUCAAAGCGCCAAAGACCAGGGCGUUGCAAUCGUCCCUUUCGACCUUGAAUCGCCACAGGAGGAGCUGGUUAAAGCACUCACGGGGCAGGAUGUUCUCAUCUCCUGCGUCAUUCCCUUCACGCCCGAUGCGCAAAUGGCUCUCGCCGACGCGGCCAAGGUCGCGGGUGUGAAGCGGUUCGUGCCCAGCGCCUUUGGGCCCAGCAGUCCACCAAAGGGUACCAUGGCGCUUCGAGAUGUCAAAGAAGAUGUUCUCAAUCACAUCAAGAAAAUCUACCUACCCUACACCGUCAUCGACGUCGGAUGGUGGUACCAGAGCACCCUCCCGCGGCUCCCAUCCGGCAAGAUCGACUACGCGCUUACGUUCCCCAUGGCCAACAUGUACGGCGACGGUAACUUCCCAUCGGCGCUCACCGACUUGAGGGAUGUGGGCAAGUACGUGGCUCGCAUCAUCGCCGACCCACGCACGCUCAACAAGUCUGUCUUCGUGUACAACGAGGUAUGGACGCAGGAGCAGAUCUUCACGCUACUCGAAAAGGCCAGCGGCGAGAAGAUCCCACGCGAGUACCUGUCCAAAGAAGAGAUCGAGGCCACGAUCGCGGCCGCGAGCAAGAAGUUCUACAACGAGGAGUGGUCACUCCCCAACCUCCUGGGCCUGGUAGUGGUGCAGUAUGCCAACUCAGUUUGGCUGCGGGGGGACAACGUUCCCGAGAGCGCCGAGUAUCUUGGAUACCUGAGCGGCAAGGAACUGUACCCCGAUGUCGAGACCAUCAAGUUCGAGCAGUAUGUUGCAGAGGUUUUGGCCGGCAAUGGCAAGGCGACGUACGCCAACCGCACUUUUGACUUCGCGACCAAGGACGGCGAGGACAAGAAGUGAGCAGUAGUCAGUGACCGAGCGAGGGGGUUGGCACCGCUUUCGCCGUUCGUGACUUUGCCGCCGGUCUCGAUCAGGUUCUACCGUCUUGGAGUAGAUAUGAUGGCGGCCGAUGAUAUCUCAUUGUCCGGUAGAAUUUGAGAAUCCAGGAGCUAGUAAUCUGCUACGAG